UAGGUGACUGGUGCGGGUCUUUAAGACCCAGAGCCCGAGGCACAAGACGAGUAGUAUCCAUGGUAAAGCAAUGACGCUGCUUUUAACUAAGCUUAUUUAAUAACAAGAUCGUCAGAUAGCCAGCAAUUCGGAACUACUGCCGAAACCAUUGGCUUCCUGUAUGUGUGUGUGUGCGAGUGUGAGAAAGAGAGAGUGUGUGUGAGUGGGAGAAACUCCUUUGCACCCGAAUGAAGUCUCCGAUACCUACAACACUCAGAAUCUCAGCUCUCAGUCUGGUGAAUAGCUGUCUUGUCCCUGUAACGAUUUCAGGCGGCAAUUAAGGAAUUACACGUCUUCAAACUAUGUCGCCUCAACAGGAUAACAUUGGUCAGAGCCGUUCUUCUUCGUUGACGGGGGAGUCUCGAAUAUCGGGCUGUGGAGGGACAGAAGAGAAGAUAAUGAAAAAUCUAGCCCAGAGACGACAGUCAGCGCCUUCUUUAGUGAUUAGCAAAGCCCUUAGCAAACCCAGAUCACUAUCCAGAGAAACUUGCCGACUUCCUGUCAGUCCAGAGUUUUGCCCUCUUGUACAGUCAAUUAUAAGUCCGUCCAGAACAUUACUAAUGGAAGGACACGCCCAGCUCAAGACUGGUCUCCAAACCCAAGACCGACAUCUCUUCCUGUUCAAUGAUGUUUUCGUAAUUGCAAAAUCAAAGUCUGCAUCCCAUUUCAAGCUGAAAAAACGUGUCAAAGUUUGUGAGGUGUGGAUGGCAUCCUGCCUGGACGAAGUGUGUGAAGGGACCACAAAUUCUGAACUUUCCUUUGUGAUGGGUUGGCCCACAACUAAUUGCGUGGCUACAUUCAGCUCACCAGAACAGAAAGAGAAAUGGCUAUCUUGCCUCUACAGUUGCAUUAAAGAAGAGAAAGAAAAAGAGCUUCCUAAAAAUAUUCCUUUGAAGAUAGUUACCAGAAAUGUUGGGAGUUGUGUAUAUUCAAAGGUUUUGACUGUGAACAAUACAGAUACAGCAUAUGAUGUUGUUGUCAUGACACUUCAACAGUUUGGCAUUACAGGUAAUCCUAAAGAUUAUCAACUUUGGGUCAUCUCUGGCAAAGAAGAUGCCCCCUAUCCUCUUAUUGGGCAUGAAUAUCCUUUCAGCAUUAAAAUGAGUCACAUUCAGAAUGCAGCUGCGCAGGAACAAUCAUCUAAAGACUCACUCUACCCGCUGGAUUUCCAGGGGCCCUUCUUCAUUGAGCAGUUGCCUGUAGAGAUGCAGUGUCAGUUCAUCUUAAAGCCAAGUCGCUUGGCACUAUGCCAACAGAUGGCUGAAACAAAUCAAAAGCAACACAAAAGGAAAAGGUCAAUCAUGAACUGGACCUUUUGGCGUGGCUCUAGUACUCAGUUGGAUAACAUGCCUCUAUCCCCAACCUCCACAACACCAGGCAGGAUCUUCGGCCUACCAUUGUCAGCCAUUUGUGAGGAUGACAACUUCCCAAAGCCAAUCAUGGACAUGCUUUCCUUUCUGUUUCGUGAAGGUCCAUUCACCAGAGGCAUUUUCAGACGUUCUGCUAAUGCUAAAGCCUGCAAAGAGCUGAGAGAGAAGCUGAAUACUGGAGCUGAAGUGCACUUAGUCUGUGAAUCCGUGUUUGUGACAGCUGCUGUGUUCAAAGACUUCCUUCGGAAUAUUCCUGGAAGCAUCUUUACUUCAGACCUCUAUGAUGAUUGGCUGGCAGCAGUAGAAAAGAGAAGCCAUGAGGAGAAAAUAAAGGAAAUUCAAAGAUUGUUGGAGCAACUUCCAAAACUCAAUGCCCUCCUCCUACGUCAUGUGUUUGGAGUGCUUCACAGCAUUGAGCAGCAGGCUGAGGAAAACCAGAUGAAUGCAUUUAACUUGGCAGUCUGCAUAGCACCCAGCAUCUUGUGGCCUCCCUCACCCUGCAGUCCUGAAAAAGAGAGCGAGUCAACAAAAAAGGUUGCACUGUUUGUGCAGUUUCUAAUUGAAAACUGCUGCAAGAUCUUUGGAGAUGGUUUCAUGACCCCUUUUGGAGUGUUAUCAUCAAGGAAAUGUGAAGGAAGAGAUGAUGGUUCAGAUCUCACUUCAUUUCAAAUGCAUGACUCCUGUUAUGAUAGUCUGGAAAAUGAGCUCAAUAAUGAUACUGAUUCCACACUAUCUCACCUGAUGUCAAAGAGAAACCAAGACAAUCAAAGUAGGGACUCUGUUCUGACCUGGAGCGACUGUGAUCUUGAACAACCGGAGGAUGAAGAAAGCCAUGUACAAGUUCUAGCCUCCCAAAGUAGAAUUGUGAGCUGUCCAUUUUCUGACAAUGACCUCCUGGACUCUUACAUUUAUGACUAUGCUACUGACAGAGGGCUUGCAGGUUCUAGAAGAUGCAGACGGUGUUCAGAGCCCAAUAUAUCUCCUCCUGCUUCACAAUUUACUGAAUGUUGUCAGAAUCAUGACACUGUGAUCCGUAAAGCUAGCUAUGAUGCUACCAUGACUCAUUCAGAUGACAACUACCUUGCGCAAUUGCAGAUGCUACAGAUUGAGGACCAGAGACUCAUAAACUGCAGUUUGCACAAGGGUAUUGACCAGGAAACAUCUAACAAUGGAAGCCACAAAGUUGCUCAGAAGGUGUGGCACAGCAGUAGCCGACUUCAGCCACCUCCACCAUUCAAGCUUAAUGUCACGUCAAAGACUAUCAGCUCUAGUUUGUCCUCACCUGGCACUUCACCGUCAGGCUCCUCGAUGAGUUCAACUGAUAGUGCUCUCACACAUAAUGCAGAAUGUUCUGUGUUAGAUGAAAACUUCUCAGCAUCUAGUUCUGCCGUGCAAGCUCGUAAGGGCCCCCCAGCAUUGGUAGCUAGCCCCAGUAUGUUAAAGUGCUGUUCUGGUCUCCAGUCUCCUAUACAGGGUCAUAGCACAGCUAUCACUUCAACCUCCACCGCAACAGAAAAACCCAAGGAAAGUUGCAACUUGACAGAAGAAAUCUCUAAGUGCAUUAUUGAGAAAGACCCGGUCACUCUGCAUUCUAGCAGCUGGCUGAAGAAAAGUGGAUGCUGGACACUUAAAAGGAAGGAGAGGGGAUAUAAGCUUAAAAGCAAGCAUGGACCAUUCUUCGUAGAUAAAGAACUCGCCGAUGGCAAGUUAACUGUUUCUCCAGUGGCUGCAGAAGAUGUGGCUCAAAAGUUGAACAGAAGCCAAUUGGUCAAUCCACUGUCCUUUCAGAAACCAAUCAGAUCACCUCCACAAAGUGCAGGUGUCAGAAGGAAAGGAGUGAAGGUCCAGUCUCCAAAGCGUUUAGUCCAACAUGGACAUUGUGACUCACAAGAACUCAUCGAUAGCUCUGUUACUUGCAGAUCACAUCUGUUGAGUACAGCAAAUCAAACUCCUCCAGAACUUGAUAAAAUACCUUGGACUAUCUUUUAUGGGCAACAUUCAAAGUUAUGUCUUCAGUCGACACCACAUCAACAAUCACGUUCAUUCUCACUGAGAGAGAAAUUUUCCCAAAGAGUAGUUAAUCCACACUUAUCUGAAUUGGUAACUUGUGCUUACGUGGGUACUCAGAGUCCUGGGGAAAUCAGUGAGAGUGCAGCUAAUCCAGAUGUUCCUGUGAAAACGGAUGGGGUGCUUCAGGAGAAGAAACCAUUUCCAUUGACAAGUGGACUAUGUGCAAAUGAGCAGGAGUUUCCCAGUACAUGCUCCACUGCUCUUUCCCAUAGUGCAGCUAAAGCAGUUGAGGAUUAUUUUUUGCAGAUCGAUGCUAAGAAAUAUUUCCUAAAAACACAAGAAGUUACUGAUGCUGUACUACAGUGCAAGAAGAAGUGGCAAAACAAGUGCUGCAGUGAUCCGAAAUUUGGAGACUUCGAACAAGUAUUUUUCUCUGAGGAGUCUUACGUGUAAAGACUUGUUUGGAUAUAGCGUUAUUACUUCUUCACAAAACUAUUUGAAAAUAUGUUAAGUCUGGUUCAAUUCAAACUGCCAUGCAACAUUAUUACAACGUUGCGCUCACCGUGUAGUCUAACUAGCUGCAAGUACAUUUUUGACAAUGCCAUAUUUGAUCUUUUGUGUAUGCUUUGAUAUUUACAGGUCUGUACAAUGAAAUCUUGUCCUCUGCAAGACAGAAAUGUAUAUAUUUACAAUUUUUUUAAAAAGUUGUUUAAAAAUGACUAUGUUAUGAAAUCAACAGCUGCUAAAUGGGAUAUGCAAAGAACUCUCUGACACUCUUUGCCUGCCGUGAAAUCAACAUUAAAGUUGGAAUAAAUGAACGAUCAAAUUGUUUCCCAGUUCCACACUCUGAAACAACAGUCAUCAUUUGGGCUAUAGAAAAAUGUGUAAAUUGAAAGGUAGCAACGUUGUAUGGCAGCUUUUUACCUCCUGAGUUAACGGCUUGUGCCAUUGUGGUCAACUCUGUUAGGCACCACCUGGUGAGACGCAGCACCUCUGCCCUGGCCUGAUAACGCCUACCACAUUUGCUGCAGAGAAAGAGCAUGACCAAGAAGAUGCAAGAUUCACUGACCUCUGGCGUCUGAGUUCUCAACUGGCAAGCUGAGGUUUUUGUAAUUUUGUGUUUCUUCCAAUGAUUUGCAAAAAGAUUCAGUUCCCUUCCCCUUCCAAGGCCACACCAAUCAGCAAAUAUCUUUCAGGUGUUGAUAUCAAUAUCUGUCAUCUCUUAUUUGCAGGUGUCCGUGGUAACAGAGAUACAAAAGCCCAUGAGAUCAUAGGCCCAAUGAACAUGACCAAGAUGGUGCAGAUGUAGUCACUUUAGCAAUGAAUUAGAACAUAUAGGGCUGGUGACCUCGUUUUGCUAAGUGAUGCCAAGUGUGUGUCUGAGACAGCGAAGACCCAAAACUUCAAUAUUUCUUCCUACAUAGCAUAGACUAUCCAGCACUCACCACUUGUAGAGUGCGCUGAAGACUCAGACUUGAUUGACUUUUGGUAGUGCAGUAAAUAUGUUGGUAUUCAAUGCACCAUUUGGGAAUGGGUUUCUGCCUUAGAUUUCCACAGUUGUUAAACUUGUAGUCUGUGUUUAUAGCAGUGGAGAAGUUGCUGUGAGACUGUAGGUAAGGUAGUUACCCUGACAAGUAAGAGUAGCAAUCAGAUAGUAUUAUCCUUGAAUUCUGGCAUUGGGCACAAUUUUCAGAGUCUGGGAGCUGGCUGCCUUUUGUCUGACUCAUUAACCAAGGAGCAAUGCUUGAUAAGGAGAGAACUGAAGCUGAAAAUAAAGAAAUAAAAUAAUAUAUUUCAUUUAACCAAACAUAUGUAAUCUUCUUAAAAUCUGGCAAUCAUAUUGAUUGGCAUGUAGAUGUGGGGAAAAUGCGUGAUCUGAAAAAUAAUCAAUGUAAACAAUUAUUGGUUUGUUUGAAUUGUAUUCUUUAUGCUUGCUGGGUUAGUUCUCAUUACUUUCAUGGUUUGACUUCAUGAUACUAUCAUAAUGAGUUCAUUUCUUAGCCUAACCUUUACUGCUCAAGGUUUAGAUAUAUUGUACAAUGAGGUUAAUUGAAUGACAGAUUUACAUUUUUUUUACCUGAACCCCCUGACUGAAAUUUUGCAUUAUACC